AUGUACUUCAGCCUUCCUGCAAUGAGAAUGGGAUUUCUAUCAGGGUGUAGGCCAUUAAUUGGGCUUGAUGGAUGUUUUCUUAAAACAGUUCAUGGUGGGCAGCUGUUGUGUGCUGUUGGGAGGGAUGGGAAUGACAACUUGUUUCCAAUUGCCUUGGCUGUGGUUCCAGUGGAGAACAGAGAAGCUUGGAACUGGUUCUUGGGAGAGCUGCUUGAUGAAAUUGGAGGUGUUCAAGAAAGGAAGUGGACAUUCAUUUCUGACAGGCAAAAAGGUCUUCUUGAAGCAAUAAAGGACCUUGCCUCUGGAUGUGCUCACAGAUUUUGUGUGAGACACAUUUAUCAGAAUUUCAAGCAAAAGUGGCCAUCCUUGGAAUUAAAAACAAUGCUGUGGAGAGCUGCUUCAACAGGGAACAAGAAUGAGUUUGAAUCAAAGAUGGUUGAGCUAAGGAGAUUGGACAAAGAUGCAGCAGAGUACUUGAGAAAGAUACCAGCUGAACAUUGGGCCAGAUCUUAUUUUUCUACAAAAUGCAGGUCUGAUGUACUGGUCAACAAUUUGUGUGAGUCCUUCAACAACUACAUACUUGAAGCGAGGGAGAAGCCCAUCAUUAGUAUGUUUGAAUGGAUAAGAACCAGAUUGACAACUAGAAUUCAGACAAAAAAGGCUGGUAUGGAGAAGUAUGCAGGAACUAUCUGCCCUAAUAUCUUGAGGAAGAUCAAUAAGUCCCAGCAACUUGCAAGAAACUGUUAUCCAAGGUGGUGUGGAAAUGAGGAGUUUGAGGUGGAUGCAAAUGGUGUGAGAUAUGUGGUGGACUUAGCUAAAAGAGAGUGUACAUUUGGCAUAUUUCAAUUAAAUGGAUAUCCAUGUCCUCAUGCCUGGUCUUGCAUUGCAGAAAGAAGAUACAAAGUUGAGGAUUUUGUAGACACAUGUUAUAGGCAGGAAAAUUACUUGAAAGUGUAUGCCUAUAUGAUACAUGCAGUCCCUGGACCCAGAGAUUACUUGAAGACCACUUAUGAGCCACUUCAGGCUCCAAAAUACCAGAAAAAAAAGGGAGACCAACCAGAUUAA